AUGGCGUGGGAUCACCUCUCGAUCACCAAACCCCAUUUGGUGUACAUCAUCUUGGGGGGGUUUACUUCGCUUUUUAUGCUCUGUUCUUCCGUUAUCAAGGAGCGCAUGUAUAUCGGUGAAGCAACUAUUGCUACUUUGUGCGGUGUCAUCUUUGGUCCCCAUGCUGCGAAUCUGAUCAACCCCGACUCGUGGGGGAAUGUUGACGAGACCACCCUCGAAUUCUCCCGGAUCGUCUUGGUCGUCCAGUGCUUUGCCGUCGGAGUAGAAUUGCCAAAAUAUUAUAUGGAGAAGCAUUGGAAGUCCGUCGUAUUCCUGUUGAUCCCUGUCAUGACCUUUGGUUGGCUGAUUACGAGUCUGAUCGUCUGGUGGUUGUUCCCGGUGCUAACCUGGCUCGAAAGCCUGGUUGUUGCCGCUUGCGUGACUGCCACGGAUCCUGUUCUUGCUUCUUCGGUCGUAGGUAAGGGGAAGUUCGCCAAACGGGUACCGAAGCACUUGAGAGAUGUGCUUUCUGCCGAGUCCGGCUGCAACGACGGCAUGGCCUUCCCCUUCAUCUACCUUUCUCUCUAUCUACUCCAAGAGAAUCUUGACGCUAAACAGACAACCUACCAUUGGCUUGUCUAUACUGUUCUCUACGAGUGUAUAUUUGGAGCCUUUUACGGCUUUAUGAUCGGGUACAUUGCACGGCACGGUAUCAAAUUCGCUGAAAAGCACGAUUUGAUUGAUCGCGAGAGCUUCCUAGUCUUUUACUUCACGUUGGCUCUUUUCUGCGCUGGGUCGGGCAGUAUCCUGGGCGUGGACGACUUAUUGGUCGGAUUCGCUGCUGGUGUUGGUUUUUCGAAUGACGGUUGGUUCAGUGAGAAGACUGAAGAGUCGCACGUAUCUAACGUUAUCGACUUACUGCUCAACUUGGCUUACUUCGUUUUCCUCGGCACCAUUAUUCCCUGGGAGCAAUACAACAAUUACGAGAUUGGCCUUUCCGCUUGGAGACUCACUGUUAUGGCCAUCUUCGUCAUCUUGUUCCGUCGAAUCCCGAUCAUGAUGCUACUUAAGCCGGUGAUUCCUGAUAUUAAGACCUGGCGCGAGGCUCUGUUUGCUGGGCAUUUCGGCCCCAUUGGUGUGGGUGCGAUAUUCGUUGCCUUGCUUGCUCGUGCCGAGUUAGAGAGCGAGCAUAGCAUUCCGGAAGCUGAACUUCCAGAACCUGGCGCCAAAUUUUAUAAUGUUAUCGUACUAGUCUGGCCUAUUGUCACGUUCAUGGUAGUUGCCUCUAUCUUGGUUCACGGUUCUUCGGUGGCCGUGUUCACCCUGGGCAAGCGUAUCAACACCCUAUCGAUCACCAUGUCUUUCACAACUGCGCCGGAAGAUGGACCUGCAUGGAUGAGUCGAUUACCACGAAUUUCGUCGCAAUCACGAUCUCAAGCACGAACUAUGUCUGACACCGAUUUCGAAGAGAUCAAAUCGCCAGACUUUCCUCCUGGUACAUUAGGACCUGUUGGGUUACCUGGGCAAUUUUUGCGUCGCCAGCGUGAAGAGGAUAACCCAAGCAGGGCAGGGAGCCGUGCCUCAUCUCUCUCUGGCCGACGUCGCAGUCGGAAGAAGUGGGACGAUGGUAUUGGACCUGGUGGGCCUGUCAGUCAAUCUGCUAUCUUCCCCCAGCGAAAGAGUACAAGUGAGAUUACAGAACCUAUGUCACCUUCUGACUCCGUACCACCUAUGUCCCCACGGCAAGAAAGUCCUAGCUCUCCAUCGGAAGAAACUCCUGAGAAAGAUAGCGAGAAGGAUACCGAGAAGACCUUGGAUGUCGCGAGGGAGCACGAAGCGGAACGUGAGGCAACCCGUGAACGUCCACGUAGGCGCCAGCAGCAUGAGGAACUGGAAGUGUAUGACGAAGGCGAUCACAUUGUAAUCGAGGAUCAAGAAGGUCAGGUUCUUGCUGUACAAGAGACUGGGCAACAACCGACCAAGAAUCUACACGAAGUAAAGGAGAAAGCCAAAGCUGAGGUUCAGAAGCCUGGUUGGACAUACGACUCACUGAAGAAGAGUAUUGGAAAGUGGCGUGAAGAGGAGUCGCAAAAACGCAAGGAGAAGACGAAGACCCAGCGGAAGCAUGAGCCGGCCAGAGCAUAUCAGUUUGGCAAUACGAUUAUUGUUGAGGACGAAGACGGAGAAGUGGUGAGGAAAUAUGAUUUGCCUAACGACGGCAAGGAUUAUGUCGCGACGAGCUUGAAGUACAUGGGAAUGGGUGGCCUCGUUAAGCCAUCUGACAAAUCUGAACCCCAGACUGGGGAAUCAUCUACUCAAGCUAGUGGUGCCAGGCCUCCAGCCGCCAGAACGAGAACAGGCGUAUGGCCUGGUUUCAAUCGCGGAGGUGCUGCCGAGCAAAGGAGGCGAGAUGCUACCUCUCCAACCGGAAGGAGAUCAGAGGAUGACCGAGGUAUUCGAUUCACGAUCGGAGGUGUUGGACGACGUAUGAACAAAGACGAUUUCCUCAACGAGGUGCAGAAGUUAGAUGCCAGAACUCGCCGCGAAGUGGUUGAUCAAUCUUCGGCAACCCCGGCAGUCAAGUCAAUAGCAACGGAAGGACCCGAAACGAACACACCCCCCGUGGAACAACCUCUAGCUCAUCCUCAUAUCAGUGUAACUCAGGCUAGCACUAGCACGCGAGACACGAGCAAGUCCCCUACUCGUCCGGAACCCGCUCGCGGACGCAGCACAACAGUGGGUUCGACAGUGGGUGCGGAGGCGCCGUCUGACGCUCCGGAGACCGCAGCCGAGAGACGCCGUAGGUUAGCUGCUUUCGCCAGCGUGCGCGAGGAUAACGAUACCGGGGAGACGCCAGCGGAGAGACGGAGGAGAGAGGCUGCUCUAGGUGUGGACAGCGGCGCAGCAGAUGACAGCGACAGCGAUGACGAUGAUACCCCUAGAGUACCACCCGCACGGCGAGGGAUCCGGUUUGCGGACUCCCCGCCUAAUAAGGGUUAA